CUUGGUGCCGCCGCUGCGAUUCCUUCCUCAGAGGGUGGCGGGAGGGCGGCAGCAGGAGGGGGGGCUUCUUUUGUGCCGGUUACGCGCCAUGACGGCGAACGAGGACCAGGAGAUGGAGCUAGAAGCAUUACGUUCUAUUUAUGAAGGCGAUGAGUGUUUUAAGGAACUUAGCCCUGUUUCCUUUCAAUAUAGGAUAGGUGAUAAUGGAGAUCCUAAAGCCUUCUUAAUAGAAAUAUCGUGGCCAGAAGCAUACCCACAGACAGCUCCAGCCAUAUCUAUGGAUGCGUUCUUUAACAAUGCCAUAUCUUCAGGUGUAAAACAAAGUAUAUUGAAUAAAUUAAUGAAAGAAGUUGAAGUUAACCUUGGAACCUCGAUGACCUAUACAAUUUUUGAAUAUGCCAAAGAUAACAGAGAGUUGUUAAUGGAAAAUCAACCUGUUAAUACUGUGACAGCAUUAAACAACUGCACCUCAGCUGGACAUCCUGAUACAGCCCAACCAAAUAAGAAAAAAGAGAAAAAGGAACAAUUGUCCAAAACACAAAAACGGAAGCUAGCAGACAAAACAGAUCACAAAGGAGAACUGCCACGAGGAUGGAAUUGGGUUGAUGUAAUCAAGCACCUGAGCAAAACAGGCUCUAAGGAUGAUGAAUAAGAAGACUUUGAUGCAGGAAAAAUAUCAACUGCAUUACAGUGUGAUCUGGAGACAAUUUCUGUAAUUUUUUCCCCUACUAGUAUUUUAUAAAAUGACAGUUUGUUCCAGAAUUUAAAUGUGCAAAGGUGUGCUCAGCCAGAAGGACAUUUUUUCUGGUUUUCAUCACUUUCUUCGCAUCACGGUUUGCCUUUAAAGAAGAUACACUGAAGCUGGUGUAGUUCUGUUUUGGCUAGAACUAUCAUGCCUCUAAACCUAACAAUAUUUAAUUCAUCUUGUUUCAAGCGGUACUGAAAGAAUCAUGAAAACAUCUAGUAGUUAUGUGCUAGCUAGAUCGUUAGAUGAUUCUAAGAGAGAAUUGAUUGUUUAGAACUCCUACCUGCUUAAAAAAUAAAUCAGACUUUUUAACAUAAGCUUUACUUUUAUUAACUCCUAGGGCUUGUCUGAAGGGGGGACUGGCAGCUUUGCUUUACUUGAUAUUUAAUUCCUGCACAAUUACUUUAACACAGUGGCAGCUGCCAGAUAUUCUCAUCCAGCUUUGGGACUAAAAUAUACAAAUGUGGGAGUUAUGCUUAGGAAAAAUUGCAAUGGAAACCAAUUAUAGAUACUUUUAAAAAUGUGCUUUGUAGCCCUAUUACAGGGUAUUGUUGACAAAAGCCAUGCUAUCACCCUUGCUGGUGCUCCUCUGGCAUGAUUUGGGCAAGGUCAUGACCCUCAGUUGUUGCAGGGGGGGACCGCUCAGUCCUCUCCCAUUGCUCCAUCAUGAAAAUAGCUGAGAUGGAUAACUGAGGAGUGUGGCGGGGAACCUAAGAAUAGAAACAGCUCAGCCCAUCUCAGCUUUUAUCAAGGAGCAUUACAAAAGAAUAAGACUACCAGCAUUUUGGGUCGACACAGGAUUCCUAAUCCUUUAAAACUGAUGACAGAGAGAGAACAGCAGCAGCUAUUACAUUGCUGUCUGUCCUACUCUCUUCAGGGGCAUCAGAGACAUGCUGGAACAAAAAAGGUGCCAGCCCCGCAAAGGAGCAAUUGGACAUUCACUAUGAUUAGGUGCUUAUUAGGGGUUGGUAAGCAAGUGAUUUGAGAGUACAUGCCAUUAUCUCUAGUUACUCUCCAUUUCUCAUGGUCCAGCCACACUCGCCCACCUGUCGGUGACAGAUAAGGGCUCUUUUUGUAGCAGGAACUCCUUUGCAUAUUAGGCGACACACAACUAAUGUAGC